AGUACAUAAGUUUGGAAUGUGAAGGAAGACCAGAAGUGAACUUGCAAACCAAGACAGAACAUGGAUCCCUACGAUGAAGAGAGGCUGAGAAAUGAAGUGAUCUACCUCCACUCUCUCUGGCACCAAGGACCGCCACAAAACCCUAUUCCAUUUCCAACAUUCCCUUCUUCUUCUUCUUCACACCGACCCUUCUUCCCUCAACCCCUCCUCGAUCCCCAUUUCGACCCACCACCGUGGCGCCUUCCCCGUCAUCAACAACCGCCGCCGCCGCGCACAGUUUACCCACCUGCACCCGCUCACACCACCGCGUUCAAGAAAAGCAAGAACAAGAAAAAGAAAAAGAAGAAGAACCGUGCUAAAAUACCCGACCCGGGUCCGGAGUGGCCGUGUCCCGCUUCACCCGACCCGAAACCAACCACGGGCUGGGGUUCGUCGAAGCCACAUUCCGACCCUCCUCCUGCGGUUUCGCCUGAAGAGAAGGAGAGGCUUGCAGCGUUGCAAGCGCAGCACAAGGCGUGCAAAGUUUUCAGGGAGUUUCUGUGUGCUUCUGAAGAUGACGAUGAAGAAGAAGAAGAAGAUGAUGAUGAUGAUGGUGAGUUGGAAGAGUUGUUUGUGGGGGUUUUCAUGGAGGAUGAUGAGCUGAGGAGGUAUUACCAGAAGUAUUUUGAAAAUGGGGAUUUUUCCUGCUUGGUUUGUGGUGCUGUUGGGAAGAAGAAUUCUGGGAAGAAGUUUAAGGAUUGUGUUGGUCUUGUUCAGCACUCGAUGUCGGUUUUGCGUGGGGUGAGGAGACGGGCUCACAGGGCUUUUGGGCAGGCUGUGUGCAAGGUUUUGGGUUGGGAUAUUGAUAGGCUUCCAACUAUUGUGAUGAAGGGGGAACCUCUUGGAUGCUCUGCCCAAGCAGAGAGUGAGCCUAAGGAGAAUGUGGCUGCUGAUGAUGACAGGCAAGGUGGUUCCGACAAGUCAGAUGAUGAAGUCGUGCCUUUGGAGCAUGGGGAUGAACCAGAUGAGGAGCAUGCACAAGGGUGUGACCAUAAUAUUAGUGGGUGUUCUUCCAAGGAAAGUGACAUGUUGGAUAUUGAAUUGGAAAAUGGGGGAGGUGGUGGUAAAAAUGAGAUGCAGGGUGAGCCUGAGGAGAAAAUUGAUGAUCAUGAUAAAGAUAGUAUCCAUAAAUCAGAUGAUAAAGUUGUAUCUUUUGGACAUGGUGAUGAACCAGAUGAGGAGCAUGCUUGCGGAGUUGAUCAGAGUACUAGUGAGUGUUCUUCAAAGGAAGGUGAUCCCCAUAAUACAGCUGAGAACCUUUGAUGUAAAAAUGUUGGAUAUUGGAUUGAAAAAUGCAGAAGCUUCAGGAUGGCCAUCCUUUAACACUAAGCCAUCAUCUCAGAUUUGUUCUCCUUCAGCUGAAGAACAAGCAAGUGUGGAAGUUUUGCAAAUAUAGCGCAAGGCAUUAGCAUUAGAAGCUUGCCAAGAAUACUUAGCUGGUAAUGAUGGUUCUGACUGUGAUGAUGAUGACAAUGUUCAUGAGGAUGAAGAUGAGUUAGUGUGAGGAGUUCAAGUUUUUUCUAAGAUUGUUUACAGAAGAUAGUGACUUGAGGAAAUAUUAUGAGAACAACAAUAGGGAAGGAGAUUUUUAUUGUUUGGUUUGUGGGGGUAUAAGGAAGAAGAUGUGGAAGUGGUUUAAGGAUUGCAUCGCACUGCUUCGGCAUUCCAUGACUAUAAAAAAGACAAAAAGGAAGAAAACUCAUAAGCCUUAUUCACAUGUCAUCUGCAAAGUUUUGGGUUGGGACAUUAAUCGAUUACCGGCUAUAGUAUUAAGGGCUGAGUUCCUUGGUUCUUCCUUGACAGGUUCAAAGGGUGACCCUGAAAAACCUGCCGAUAGUGAUAUAGAUAAUUCGAAUUUUCUUGAGGAAAAUCAAGCAAAGUGAGUUCUUAGGGAGGUUAAUUUGGUUCACUAUAGUAAUAGAGAUCCUGGUUCCCGCUUCGGAUAAGUUCUCCUUGCAUUUGCCCGGAGAUGAUGCUGCAACUAGCUUGCUAGUAGUUGUUCUCUAGUUAAUGUAGUAUGCAUUUGUUCAUGCUGCUUUCAAAAUUAUGUUUCGUAUGCCGAUAUGCGCAAGUGUCAUCUUUGCCACUGAUAUACAUGCAUAUGUACGUAGACACACAUAUAUCCAGUACAAGUGAGAGGGGGAAGAAAAGAAAAUGAAGGAAAAAUAUCUUUGUAAAAAUAUUGAGAAAGAGAGCGUAUAGAUAUUAUGUCAACAUCAUUUAUUGAUCAUACGAGGUCUGAUACUGGGCCUAGGUAGACAAUGUAUUUCCCUAAGUAAUUGAUGUCUUAACAAAAUUUACAGGCGA